GGAAAUGAAGAACUGACGGCGUGCAGGUCAGCGGCUCUGUCAUCAAAUUUCGGUUCGGAAGCACGGAGCAUGCGUUGUGCCCCAGAAUGCCUGUACGUAAAUGUAUAUCGGACACGGUGAUAGCACUGAUGAACUUUGCUUUUGUGCACGUUUACAAUCAGUAUGGGGACCUGAACGCGACUGACCCCAUGUUCGUUGGCCAUAUCUGUACCUGCUCAUCAUAUCCAAUGGUGAGGACGUCCCUCUCCCAUAAUGCAGAAUGUGGGCGAUGUCCGCGCGUCAAGAACGGCAACAUGCACGCAUCUCGAACCCACUCAAAGCCCGUCGAUUUUGCUGCGAAAUGAGCUGAUGGAACAUUCGGUGUCUCAUUCUGACACCGCCACCUUCCCGAAGCUCAACCACAUGCACACUGCGCCCGAGACCGUGCUUAUCGCUAUUCGCCGUGUUCAACG